AGGAGGGCUGGAUGAAGUGAUCCUUCCCUGAACUGGAACCAGCGGACAGCCAAAGGGAGCCUAGGCUAGGGAUAGUGGGAAGUCCCAGAGGUGGUUAAAAAUCAUGGUAAUCAAACAUUCAUUCUUUAACACAGAAACCAUUCAAUUCGUAAGUGAAGCAGGCGAGCUUUAGGCGUGCCUGCAUGGAUUUCUGUCUCUUACAAGUUUAGGAACCCGAACUAGAACGCGGUCACACGUCCAGGGGCCUCAGAAAAGGCUGAAAUUCUAGUAAUCACGGAGAGACCCGAAGGUGUUCCUACCAGUUAGUGGAGUUGGUGACAGGUAUGGUCACCUGCAUGGCGGGUUCCACUUGGGUUUAGAGGAGUUGGCAUCCUUGCCCUCCCAGGCCUUUACACUCUCCUCCCCCGGGGCCCGCCAACUCUCCCGGGUACAAAGUACAGCAGGGACGCAGGCGGAGCCUUUCCCAGCGGCGCAGCCAUAUCUUUCCCCAGUGAACACCUAGAUGGAUUUCCAAUAUCGCGCCUGGCACGUUCGGGAGGGAGCCUCGGGCUCCUUGCGUGCUUCCAGCCGCGCGUCCUCCUUUCUGCAGUCUAUAUUCCUCUGGGAGAUGCAGGGGGCUGUGGGCACUACAAGCUUUAUUAACAGAUUCGCAAUGGUUUACUCAGGCCCCUAAAUCACUCCCUCCCGCGAAGAGCUGCCUGCGGUGCUGUAACGCAGAAUCUCCUAACGCACGGUUAGGAUUUUGUCCUUCCUCCUCUUAACACGGCUCAGGGUCAGUUUCAGCGACUCUAAGAGUAUCUGCGUGGGCGCCUGUGCGGGGGUCCGGCCGAAAGAAAGGAGUUGGACUGCGAGAAGAACGUCACCGUGCCACCAGACCGCACAGGCACUUUGCACGGGCCAUCUACGCGUCGGUCUGGAGGUAGCGCGCCCUGGCCCCAGCCCGGGCAGCUGCGGCGAAGGCGGCGGCAGCAGGGGCCCCGGGGCCGGCGCUGCGGACGGCAUGGAGGAGCCUGGGCGAAAUGCGUCCCAGAACGGGACCUUGAGCGAGGGCCAGGGCAGCGCCAUCCUCAUCUCUUUCAUCUACUCCGUGGUGUGCCUGGUGGGGCUGUGUGGUAACUCCAUGGUCAUCUACGUGAUCCUCCGCUACGCCAAAAUGAAGACGGCCACCAACAUCUACAUCCUGAACCUGGCCAUAGCCGAUGAGCUGCUCAUGCUCAGUGUGCCAUUCCUGGUCACCUCCACGUUGCUUCGCCACUGGCCCUUCGGCGCGCUGCUCUGCCGCCUCGUGCUCAGCGUGGACGCAGUCAACAUGUUCACCAGCAUCUACUGUCUGACUGUGCUUAGCGUGGACCGGUACGUGGCCGUAGUGCACCCCAUCAAGGCAGCACGCUACCGCCGGCCCACCGUGGCCAAGGUAGUGAAUCUGGGCGUAUGGGUGCUAUCGCUGCUUGUCAUUCUGCCCAUUGUGGUCUUCUCGCGUACGGCGGCCAACAGUGAUGGCACGGUGGCCUGCAACAUGCUCAUGCCUGAGCCCGCUCAGCGCUGGCUAGUGGGCUUCGUGUUGUACACAUUUCUCAUGGGCUUCCUGCUGCCCGUCGGGGCCAUCUGCCUGUGCUACGUGCUCAUAAUCGCCAAAAUGCGCAUGGUGGCCCUCAAGGCCGGCUGGCAGCAGCGCAAGCGCUCGGAGCGCAAGAUCACCCUAAUGGUGAUGAUGGUGGUGAUGGUGUUUGUCAUCUGCUGGAUGCCUUUCUAUGUAGUGCAGUUGGUCAACGUGUUUGCGGAGCAGGACGACGCCACGGUGAGCCAGCUGUCGGUCAUCCUGGGCUACGCCAACAGCUGCGCCAAUCCCAUCCUCUAUGGCUUCCUUUCGGACAACUUCAAGCGCUCCUUCCAGCGCAUCCUGUGCCUCAGCUGGAUGGACAACGCCGCCGAGGAGCCUGUCGACUACUACGCUACGGCCCUCAAGAGCCGCGCUUACAGCGUGGAGGACUUCCAGCCGGAGAACCUCGAGUCCGGAGGCGGUGUCUUCCGUAAUGGCACCUGCACGUCUCGGAUCACGACUCUCUGAGCCUUGGCCACGCAAGGACCCUGCGCAAGGCAGGAGGAGGAAAAUGAGGAGGAAGGGAGGCCGGGUGCUAGAGGUGAAAGUAUCCCAGGCGUCUGGGUGCGGUGGGGCAAAGUGGGGCUAAGACACUGUGUGCGAGUGGGGUGGAGAGACCCGGGAAAGUCGCGCGACAAAGGUGGAAUAGGGCACUUUGCUUAUAAAUUGGGAAGGCUUGCUGGCCCCUUUCUCCUCGUCUGCUACUUUCGCUCCCUCCUCCACUGCGCUUGCACUUCUGCGCCCCGCUAUGCUCCCCACUCUGUAACUUGGAUCUUUCCUUCCGCCCCGUCCUGCAGGUGCAGAUCAUGAACUCAUAAACGUCGUCAACUCAGCCUGACCCUCCGCCCGGCCAGCCGUUAUUUUUGUUUGAGCUGAGCCGCAGUUCCCGCCACGGGUUUCCCACGGGGUGAGUCCCCGACUCGCCCUCAGCCCCUCCCUGCCGCGCCCCUCCGCUCGCCAGAUUCUGCCUGGUGCCCCUAGCGGAGUCUAGAGAAUCACUGCUCUCUGGGCUCAGCUCUGUUUGAAGGAGGACUCGGGAAUGAACUAGGCAGUCGGUCUUUUUUCCUACUCUCGGGUGAAGUCGUGCCCUUCCAAGAACCCUUUCACCUCUCGCACUCCACCCGGGGCGGAGCCAGGUGCUUAGUAAAAUCGUUCCCGCGCUUCGAGCCCCAGGCAUUCUGCAGUCC